UACUUUGUUCAUAAUCAUAAAUCAUCUAAGAAAAUUAAUUGAUUCUAAGUUAGUAGAACCCAAAAAAAGAAAAAGGAAAAAAAAGAAUUAUGGCACAAUUGCAACCUGAAAGAUCAGUAGUUGAAGAAAGUAGUACAACACCACAUUUACAAGUUAAGAAUAGUAAUAAUAAGGAGGAUAGUGCAUCUUUCAAAUUUAAUGUUCAAGCACCUGAAUUUGUACCAAGAUCUCAUACUACUACUAGUAAUACAACAACAACGACAACUCCAAUUUCAAGUUAUUUUUACCCAUAUUUUCAGUAUCUUUCUGGGGGUAAUACUACUUCUGAUUGGUUAUAUGUUGCUGAUCAAGACACUCUUUCUUAUCUUCCUAAUCAAAAUUUCUCUGCAUUGCUUCAAAAAGAUGUUCUUCCUGAAGACGUCAAGAACAAGAUCAUCAAACAGGUUGAAUAUCAACUUAGUGACAUGAGCUUGUUGGCAAAUGAAAACUUAUUGAGGCAGAUGAAUAAGGACCUUGAAGGAUUUGUCCCAAUUUCCUCUGUUUCCGCUACGAAGAAAAUCAAGUCCCUCAUAACUAACCAGCAGACACUUGCUCAUGCCCUCCUGUCAUCUACAAAACUGAUUGUAAGCAAUGAUGGCAAGAAGGUUAAAAGAAGAAUUCCAUUUACUGAUAAGGAUAAAGAGGAAUUGCAGUUACGCACAGUUGUUGCUGAGAAUUUACCAGAUGAUCACUCACAUCACAACAUUGAGAAAAUAUUCAAGGUAGCUGGAAGUGUCAAAACCAUCCGUGUAUGUCAUCCCCAGGAUCCAAACUUGUCGCGUGCUAGAGGAGACAUUGGCAUUAGCAACAAGCUCCAUGCACUGAUUGAGUUUGAGAAUCCUGAAGCAGCUGAGAGAGCAGUUGAGAAGUUAAAUGAUGAAAGGAAUUGGAGAAAAGGCCUACGAGUGAGGUUGCUCCUCAGACGUUCACCAAAGUCUAUACUAAAGAUCAGGAAGUGUGAAUUUGAAGGAUGUUUUGAUGAUGAAGAUGGUGUGCCCUCUGAAGACUCUGAUAACAACAAUGUUGAAGACGGUGUAGGAUCAGCUAAGAAAGCAUGGAACAAAGGACGUGGGAAAUUAAGAAUGCGUCCUCAAAUUCAUGGUGGUCGAGGCCUACUUGCUGCACUUCCACAAAGCAGCAGCAGCAGUAGCUCAGGUGUAGGUGAAGGAGCAGUGAGACAAGUUACGAAAGGGCCAAGAAUGCCCGAUGGAACGCGAGGUUUCACCAUGGGAAGGGGGAAGCCUCUCACAGCUACUAUUAUAUCUGGAGUACAUGUUGCCUAAUUGGAAAUUUGAUUAAUUUUCCCCUUUUGGUUAGUCACAGAAAAGAAAGAUUUUGGAUUUCAGAGUUUUUGAGAGUUUAAGGAAAUAAUGUUUAUGUUCUACUUUUAUGCAGUGUUUUUUGAGCAUUCAUUCAGUUAACAAAAGUGUAUAGUAGUAUAUAAGUUUUGCUUUGAGACUAUUUAUAACUUGUUUUUGUUCUGGAAUCUGAGAUUUGAUUUUACUUGUUAAUUUUGCAUUAUUGACAGACUU